CUGGGUGGGGAAACUAUUUUCAGGAUUUCAAGAUGUUUAUUGUUUUCUUGUUGUCUGGUCUGGGUACUUAUUUAUUAUAACGUCGUCGACUAGUUGCUCUUAAUUUAUAAUCGAUUUGCCAAUCUCUUUUCCAUUUCCCAGACAAGAUUGAAUUCUUAAAAGCAAAGCCAGUACAAGACCAAGUCGGAAAAUAAUUAUGAAGUUAUCUUAAGUAAAAUCUCAAUAAACAUUCAUACGACGACGUACAUACGUAAAUGCAACUGUUUUCAGAGAACAUUUCUUGCCGCGUCGCCGUCUUUUGUUCGAACUUUCAAAAGGUUAUCUCUGAGCUCUGAGGCUCUGACUCCGCUCUGAGCUCUGACAGAUUCAUACGAUUCUCUAUAAUUGAAUGAGUAUGAUAAUGUUUAUAUGGUUGCGGUGUAGUGUAUAUUGAUUUGUGCUUUCCCUUGGUGUAGUCUCUGGUCUUAGGCAUUUCAUUUAUUUUGUACAAAAUUUCUUCAAAGAGAGUGUGAAAGUUCAAUUAAAAAAUAUAUAUAAAUGUUAGAACAUAUUGUGAACAAAACAUAAUAAGUUAACUCCAUAACCACCAAAGUCAAGUGUUUCUCUUGUGAUAAACAUGAUAUGGGCUAUAUUGUAUAAAAUUGCUCUACUAGUGCUUAGUACCCAAUCAUAUGUUAUUAAAAAUGACGAACAAUUCAUUGAAAAUCCAUUCUAUCACACCCAAGAAAACCUGGAGGAUACUUUCCUGAAGCUUCAGAAGACCUUUCCGGAAUAUGCCAAAGUUCAUAGCAUUGGACAUUCCUUAGAGGGAAGGAACUUAAUGGUUAUACAAAUAGGAAAAAAUGUACGCCAUCGCAAUUUGCUUACACCAAUGGUAAAAUACAUCGGGAAUAUGCAUGGUGACGAGGCAGUGAGUAGGGAAGUCCUUAUUUAUCUGGCUCAAUACUUGCUUCAUAAUUACGAAAAAAAUGAAGAAAUCUCCAAGCUGAUCAAUACUACUGACAUUUAUAUAAUGCCUACAAUGAAUCCAGAUGGAUUCGCCAGAUCACAGGAGGGAAAUUGUGACUCACUUCGCAAUUAUGUUGGUCGUCAUAAUGCUGCUGGAAUGGAUUUAAACAGAGAUUUUCCCGAUCGAUUAGAAGAUGAACAUACAAUCCAACUUAAGGCAUCCCAAAGACAGCCGGAAACAUCGGCUGUUAUUGAAUGGUUGAUUAACAAUCCGUUUGUUUUGUCUGCAAACUUUCAUGGAGGUGCUGUAGUGGCUAGUUAUCCAUAUGAUAAUUCAGUAAACCACCACGAAUGUUGUGAAGAAAGUCUGACGCCCGAUGAUUUAGUUUUUAAAACACUUGCCCAUUCAUAUUCAGAUAACCAUCCAGUAAUGAGAACAGGAAAAGAAUGUAAUGAAACAUUUGCAAAUGGUGUUACAAAUGGUGCUUUUUGGUACGAACUAAAUGGCGGUAUGCAAGACUUCAACUAUGCGUUCACCAAUUGUUUUGAGCUAACAGUUGAGCUUUCAUGUUGCAAGUAUCCAUUGGCAUCAACACUCCCAAAUGAAUGGCAUAAAAACAAGAGGAGUCUUAUAAGUCUGUUAAAAAUGGCUCAAAUGGGAUUGAAAGGAUUGGUAAAAGAUAUAAAUGGUUAUCCCAUUAACGAUGCUAAAAUCGUUGUUCAAGGCAUCGAAGACAAAAUAAUUCGCACUACAAAGCGUGGGGAGUACUGGCGACUCCUUACCCCUGGAACUUAUAAUGUUCAAGCAUUAGCUUUUGGGUAUGAAGCAAGUCCAAUUCAUAAGGUUGAAAUUCCAAAUAAAGAUGAACCAAUUCGCUUAGAUUUCAACUUAAAACCUUCGGAUUCUCUUAAUGAUGACUCAUUCCGAAAGGUCAAAGUGGAAAGAUCAGAUGAAAUCUCAAGUGGUUUUUCAGCGACUACGAAAUUCGUGCAUCACAACUAUACGCAAAUGGAAAAAUUCAUUCGAAAUUUAAGUAAAGCAUAUCCAUCAAUAACACGAUUAUACUCGAUUGGCAAAAGCGUUGAAGGACGUGAAUUGUGGGUAUUGGAAAUUUUUUCAAAGCCAGGACAACAUAUACCCGGUAUACCAGAAUUUAAAUACGUGGCCAAUAUGCAUGGAAAUGAAGUUGUGGGACGGGAAAUGCUCCUUUACCUUGCAAAAUAUCUUUGUGAACACUAUAAUCGAGAUGAGAGAAUAACAAACAUUAUAAAUGGCAUUCGGUUACAUUUUCUCUUCAGCAUGAAUCCAGAUGGCUAUGAAAUUGCAAAAGAAGGUGAUAAAAUAAGCGCUGUUGGCAGAGCAAAUUACAACAAUGUCGACUUAAACAGAAACUUCCCUGAUCAGUAUGGAACUGAUUCUUUAAAUCAGAAACAGGAACCUGAAGUUAAGGCUGUUAUGAACUGGACACUUUCAAUACCGUUUGUAUUGUCAGCAAAUCUUCACGGAGGAUCGCUUGUAGCCAACUUUCCAUUCGAUGAUAAUUCAAAUGACUUCCGGAGUCAAAUGAGCAAACUACGGAUUGCAAUGACAGGCCGAAAGCCUAAUCCAACGGAUGAUAAUGAGUUAUUUAAGCAUUUAGCUAUGGUUUAUUCCAAUGCACAUUCAACUAUGCACUUGGGAAAACCUUGUCCAUUUUUCGAAAAGGAAAAGUUUCCCGGUGGAAUAACCAACGGAGCCGAGUGGUAUAGCGUGACUGGAGGAAUGCAGGACUGGAACUAUGUCCGUGCUGGAGUGCUUGAGCUAACCCUUGAAUUAGGUUGUGACAAAUUUCCCAUGGAAUCUGAGCUACCGAAGUAUUGGGAAGAAAACCGAGAACCACUUCUUCAGUUUAUUGAACAGGUUCAAUGUGCAGUGCAUGGUUAUAUACGCAGUUCAAUCGGUACGCCCGUAUCAAAUGCUAUCAUAUUUCUGGAUAAUGCAACGCACAGUUCAUAUAGUGGGUUACAGGGUGAUUACUGGAAGUUGGUCACUCAAGGAAAACACAAUAUAACUAUUAUAGCUGAUGGUUAUGAAGUGCACCAUGAAGAGUUUAUUAUUCCGCAUGAUGGACCUUGCGGCUUAAGACUUGAUAUAGCACUGAUGCGAGAUGAUCCUCAGCAUUGGGCUUCAGCUCAUGAUUAUAGAAUCAUCGAAAAUAUAUUUCACACCAAGUAUCAUUCGAAAGAAGAAAUAAGAAAUCAAAUGGUAGAGUUGGAAAGAAAAAAUGUUGGCUUCGUAAGCUAUCAACACGCUGAAACUGGAACUGACUACAACUACGAUUUGCUUAAAAUGACUAGUGAGAUUGGCUCUCCAGACGAAACCAAAUACAAAAUUCUUGUAUUAAGCUCUCUGUUUGAUACUACUUCGCCUAUGGGUAGAGAGAUGAUUCUUAAUCUUGGCAGACAUUUAUCUGAAGGCUAUCGAAUCCAAGAACCACCGAUACUUAAAAUUUUCAAAAACAGCGUCAUUCAUUUAUUACCAAUUAUGGAGAAUUUUGAAAAAAUCAAUAAUAUUUAUCAAAAUAAUAAAACUGUGUGUGAUCCUCUUGUAGGUAAUGAAUUGGCAGAAAAGAUCCUUGAUCCAAAAUCUGACAAACGCAGAGAUUUGUUCAUUGAAAUGAUCGAUAGAGAAAAAUUCGAUUUAAUUUUGUCCUUUAGCGCCGGAAACUAUGACCUCAUGUAUCCCCAAAAACCACUGUUGGAAAACUUUGCUCGCCUGAUCGAAAAAGUAGAAAUACCUUACUCACGACCAACAUGUCCUUUAACAUCUUCACGCACAUCUCAAAAAGAUAAUACCCAACGAUUGACGAACCUUUUCUAUAAAAUACACCGUGUACCAAUGUUUAGUCUUGGUAUUUCGUGCUGUCGUAUGCCUUCUCAAGAACAACUUGCAUCAGUGUGGAGAGAAAACAUUGAGAGAAUAAUGAAUUUUAUUCAUUUAAUUGAUUUUGGAAUAAAAGGACGUGUGGUCUCAAAGAGUGAUGGUCAACCUUUGCGUAAUGCCUUCGUUAAAAUCAAUGAAUACAAUGAGAUCUAUAACGUUAGCAAAAACCUAGCUCAGUUUAAAGUUAUUCUCCCUCCUGGGGAAUAUGAUAUUGAAGUGAUUUGUGCAGGAUAUCAAACUAAAUAUACACAUGUUUCUACUAUCACAAAAGAUCAAUUUGUGGACUUGGGUGUACUGGAACUAGCUCCGGGAAAAACUAACUUUGGUAAAGCUGUGAUCAGUGAAAUAAACAUGGGCGAGCUGGGUGAUAUUUCUGGAUUCGUUCUGGAUAUGGAUAAUCAUCCUGUUGAAAAUGCUAAAGUGUAUACAAAAAUCAAAAAUAAAGUAUAUUCUAACUUCACAAACAAGUACGGAGGAUACAUUCUGAACAACGUUCCAUAUGGUAGUUUAAAAGUUGAUGUUGAAUCUUCUGGCCAUUAUCCUUCAUCGAGAAUCCUUCAAGUAAAAGAAAAAACAAGCAAUACUGUUUUCUAUUUGAAGACAGAUGAACGCGUAAUGGGAAUGCCACGUUUGAUAUUCGUUUCUAUAGCCGGAUGUAUUUUAGUUUUUAUGGUUGUGACUUGUGCCUUUUUUGUUCAAUGUGUCCAGGCGAGAAAACAUCGGGUUAAGAAGUACUACAAUUUUUCACUUCUUCCUCAAAAGGAAAGGCAGCUUUUUGAAGAAGACGAACAAGGUGAAACGGAAAUAUUUCGUUCCCCAAUAAAAAGAAAUAUGUCUUCAAAACCGUAUUAUGACGAGGAUCUACAAGUUUUUAAUAGCGAAGAUGAAGAAGAUAGUGAUGCAGAAGUUAUGGUAAUGCUGGGCCAAAACAGCAACGAUAUCUCAUAACAUUAAUUAAUUUUAAGUUUAAUUAAAAAAAACUUAAAAAAUCCAGAGGCACAAUAAAUCAAAUCUCAAAUGAACCGGAUAUUGAUUUCAAAAAAUAUCCGUGCAAAUAUUAUUGUUUCU